AUGUCUAAAAUUCGAGAUAGCUGCCACUCAUGCGCCGUUUCCAAGGUCAGAUGCCCCAAGGAAAAACCAUCUUGUUCAAGGUGCGAAAAACGAGGCAUGGUUUGCGAAUACUUUGCCACCAAACGCCCUGGUCGCAAACGGGAUCCCACACGAUUACAUCAUAGUGCUUCAACCUCAGAUACAUCUAGUAUCGCCAGCGCUUCUCAUCAUGAUGCGAGGGAAUCGGAGAUAUCUACAGAUCUUCAAUCGCUUGCACAGCCGGAUCAGAUAGUUGUUUCUCCCACAGCAUCCGGCGGCUUUUCUGUACCAUCGGCGAUGACACAAGAUGUCACUACUCUCAUGGAAGAUUUUGCAGAUAUUUCCACGCCACUUGAACCAUCGGCGUGGCCUAAAGCCUCUGAAAUGGACAUUGAUGGUGACUUUACGCACCUGCUUACGCCUCCCAUUGACUUUUCGGAGAUGGAACCCAUGCACUUUGAGUUUCCAAGCCUGGGUGAGGGACAGGACGACAUUGCUGAGCUUCUUAUCACCAAUGAUGUCGAUGCACAAUCUCUGUCAGCAAAGUCCUUCCAUUAUAUGGCUUCCUCUGUGUCGUCUUUGCCAUCCUCGGAUGGACAGCUGCUGAUGGAGCAUUCACCUCAAUCAAGCCCUGUUUGUAGCUGCACAGCUGAGGCACUCGGUCUGAUGAGCAGGCUUUUCUCGACUGAGUCACUUCGCUCUAGCUCCGAGCCAGCUAGUCCACAGAAACAGGCUGCGAUUUCAGGUAUCAACCAGUCGACUCAUAAUGAGUUUUCAACUCAGACAAUCAUACUGCAAAAUAAGCAAUCUAUAGAAGUCGUUAGCCGCAUACUGCAAUGCUCGUGUGCAGAUGACGGACAUCUCAUGACCAUGAUUUCUAUUAUUGUUUUUAAAAUUCUAGAGCUUUAUUCUCAGGCGGCAAGACAAAAGCAAGGGGCCGCCAAGUACAGUCACUGGAGCAACACAUCUACGACUGGAAACCUCAUGAGGACGAGUGGCCUGGACCAAUUUGGCUGUUCAGACGACAAUGACAGACGCAUAACUACUCAAUUGAUCAUGAGUGAGUUACAUCGCGUACGACAACUGCUUAACCAACUGACCAUCCGGCGCAAUACUCGUGGUGCCCAAGAGACCUUCGGAAUGAACUUGAGUUGUCUUGGGAACUGGCAGGGUACACUUUCGCCCCAUGACGAUUGGAUGAAUGCUAGUUUCUCAGGUUCCACCCUGGGACAAAUCGAGGUUGAUCUACGAAGGUGUCUCACUACUUUAUCAAGAGAGAUUAUUCACGUGUUACGGGAGAGCUAG